AUGAGCUCUUAUAAAGAAGACCUAAAGAUUGUCUUCUUGACCCUGCUUUUGUUUGGAGUGCUGGGAAAUAUGUUCCUUCUUUAUCUUCAUAGUCUGAAGUUCGUCACCACUCACAGAAAAAGAUACAUUAGUCUGAUAAUCAUAAACUUGGCCUUAGCUCAUGCUCUGAUGAUUAUUUUCAGAGGAAUCCCCCUAAUAAUAAAUAUGUGGGGGUGGAAAUCAUUCUUGGAUGACAUGAUGGGGAAAAUUUUAACUUACUUAAUAAGAGUGACACGGAGCAUUUCCCUUUGCAGUACCAGCUUCCUGAGUAUAUUUCAGGCCAUUGUCAUCAGUCCCAACAGUCCUAUGUGGAUAGAGGUCAAAACUAGGGCCCCCAAGUAUAUUGUUCCCAGCUCUUUGCUUUGUUGGAUUUUCAAUGUUCUGAUAGAUGUUGUUGUAGCUAUCAAUAUCCAUCAUCAAAGGAACAACAGUACAGAAAUAUGGAAGAUUGGGCAUAGCUCUUUCAAUUGGCAUGCCACAGAUACUAUAAAAAUUCUAAUUUGGAAAUCAAUUAUUGAUGCUCUGUUUAUGGGUCUCAUGAUCUGCUCAAGUGGCUACAUGGUGAUUGUCCUCUAUAGACACAGCCAGCAAGUCCAACACAUUCACAUCAGCCUUUCACCCAGAAUCUCCCAUGAGACUAGAGCCACUAAAGCCAUCCUGAUGCUGGUAGGCAGCUUUGUCUGCUUUAACUCAGCCAGUUCCCCUUUUGUCAUUUAUAUAGCUUAUACUAAAGCAACUAGGCACUGGGAGUCUCUUUUCACAAUUAUUCUCUCCCUGCUUUAUCCAAUAGUCAGCCCCUUUAUGUUGAUCAACAUGGAUACCCAGAUACUUAGGUCCUUGCAGGUUUUCUUAUGUUUAAAAAGGUUCUGCCAGAAAGAAUCCUCUGGCUGA